AUGCAAAGGGCCCCUGGGCGUCUUAGACCAUAAACAGCCAGUCAAAUCAUGCCAUGCUAGCCCAUGAACAGCUGUUUAUACGAUCUGUGGCUAGACGGACUUGUUUACCACUAUCUAUGGCUCGAUAUCCUGGUUCUCCAUCCGGGCAUCAGGUAAUCACAACUGAGGAUCCUGAAAUCUCGAGUGGGUGGUCGGCCCCGAGCACAGCAAGAAUGUGAUACACGAAUACUGAUCCGGAUGCCAUGUUGCCCCGUCUGCUGAACGAUGAGCCUCAACGGCACUUUUAGCUGCAUACUUAAUGGACCUGCUCACCCUCCAACCUGACCCUCUCUCCUGCACAAAGUCUACAAACCUUCACCCACCAUGUCGGCGCUCAAAGAAUUCAUCUCCCCCAGCCGAGCAGUAUCCUUACCUGCCGUGCAAGCGUCCAAUGCCGCUUUCAUCGAAUCCCUGACUGAACCAAUUGUCGGCGUCUUCGUCGGCGGCACCUCUGGUAUCUGUGAGUACGCUCUUCGCGCUCUAGUAUCGACCACAGCCUCCGUGAGCAAAAAGAAUGGACACGCGCCCAACCUCCGGCUAUACAUCGUCGGCCGCAACGCCAAAGCUGCGAACGUGACCAUAUCCGACUGCCGGAGACUGCUGCCCAGCGCCAAGUUCACCUUCGUCAAGGCCGAAGAUCUCUCACUGAUCAAAGAUGUCGACCGAGUCUGCAAUGAGAUUGUCAGCUUAGAGAAGGCCGAAAACCCCAACACAGCCCCCAGGGUCGACCUUCUGUACAUGAGUCAGGCCGGUGCAAUCACUGGCGUGCGACACGACACGACAGAAGGCCUCGACAAAAUGAUGGCACUGAUGUACUAUUCGCGCAUGCGCUUCGUGGUCAACCUCCUCCCACCACUCCUCGAGUCCAAGAUAUCCUCAGGCGCGCACAUUGUCUCAAUCUACGCUGCGGGCUCAGAGGACAAACUGUGGACCGAGGACCUAUCGCUCCGCCAGCCAGGACACUUCGACUACAACACGGCGCGCUCGCACAUGGUGUACAUGAAAUCGCUGUUCAUGGACAAAUUAGGAUCGCGAUACCCCGGCAAAAUCAGCUUCUGCCACGUCUUCCCCGGUCUAGUCUUCACGCCUGGCUUCAAGAACCCCGAGUUGCCUUUCUGGUUCAAAGUGUUGUUCCCAAUUAUAGGCAGGCCGCUGAUCUGGUUGAUCGGUGUUCCCGCGCAAGAAGCCGGCGCGAGGAUGCUGUACCUUGCCACGCCUAAGUUUGCGGCACGUGGGGCGGCUACCGCCAGUGGUGAUCAAGUGGCGGAAGGUUUCGACGGGAAGGCAGGGAGCGGUGUGUACUCUCUCUGGCAUAAGAGCAAUAUCAAGGAUGUGCACGAGGCGUAUGAGAAAAUCCAGAAGGAUGAAGUGAGGGAGCAGGUGUGGGCUCAUACGAACAAGGCUUUCGAUGUCAUUACCGCUGGGAAGGUCUUCACAGAGUGAUGUCGUGGGCAAGAGAUGCCUGUUUUAGUCUUGUUUCCUUUUUGUCGGUGGGAUAAUUACUCAACGGUCUUGUUUAACUUUGAUGUCCCCCGUUGCUGAUAUCGGUAGCCGGGCCAUGCUCCGACGCUGUAAGACCUAGUCCACUUCAAGACCUGAUCUACGAGGCGUCAAAUGGAGGGAGAAGCGUC